CCGCCGCCGCUGCCCUGGGAGUGGGAGCCAGGACAGGAGGCCGCCCUUGUUUGUGACAGUCCCAUCACCUGCCAGGAUGAGUGGUUUGCCCACCGCCCCCAGGAGGGAGGAGACCUCCCCGCCCUCUCCUCUAUCACGUGGGAAAACAAAUGCUGCGGCCGCUGCCCUGCCCUGCCCCUGUGGCCCGGCGAGGUGGAGCGCGGGCGGGCCGCGUGCGGCACCAUGAAGAUGCAUUUCAGCAUCCCCGUCUCGGAGCAGCUGCUGGAGAAGUUCGGGGGCCGCUACGUGCUGUACUCUGUGUACCUGGAAGGCUUCCUCUUCUGCAAGGUGCGCUACAGCCAGCUACACCACUGGAACGAUCAGCUAAGACGGAUCUUUGGGAGUACCGUGCCUGCUUUUCCUCCAAAGUUCUAUCUUGCAAUGACCAAGUCCAUGGCUGAUGAGAGGAGGUCUCAGCUUGAGCAAUAUCUACAGAGUGUAACUGUAGAUCCAAGUAUUACGAACAGUGAUGUCUUCAUCAGUUUUUUUAGAAAAUUACAGCAGGAUACAUUUAAGAUCCAGACACAGAGAGCCUCUCUGGAUGUUUACCUGGCUGAUGGAAGGAAUGUUAGGCUUGAUAUCCAGACAUCGGACACUGCUGAAAGAGUACUAGAGGUUGUCUCAUACAAGAUGGGGCUGUCAAGAGAAUUAAUAGGAUAUUUUAGCUUAUUUUUUAUUCAAGAUCACAGCAAUGGAGUUCUCUCUGUGGUGAAAAAAGUGGCAGAAUUUGAACUUCCCUACGUGAGUCUUCAGAGUAUGAAAGAGUCAGACUGUACGAUUGGGAUCAGAAAAUGGUAUAUGGAUCCCUCUCUUGAUAACAUGUUAAUGGACUGUAGAGCUUCAGUGAACUUACUCUAUAUGCAGGCACUACAGGAAAUUGAGAAGAAUUGGGUCAAACCCACAGAUGGACAGUUGCAGAAACUGGAAUUGCUACAAAAAGCAGCAAACAAAAUGAAGUUUCUAGAGCUGGUUCAGGAAGUGCAGCACUAUGGAUACAUACAGCUUGAUCCCUGCACCUGUGACUAUCCAGAAGUAGGCUGUUCUGCUGCUGUUCAUGUAGGAAAUAAUGAGAUCAGCUGCUGCAUAAAGUUACCUAGUAACCAGACCAAAGAAGUCAGCUUCAAGAUCAACAGGGUGAGGUGCUGGCAGGUCACUUUUCUAGGCGCUAUUACACAGCCAAAAGACCAAGGACACGAGGAGACCCUAGAGCUCAGGUUUGAGUACAAUGAUUCGGGCUCAUGGAGAUGGAUCGUCUUUUACACAAAACAGGCAUUUCUACUGAGUAGCUGCUUAAAAAAGAUAAUAUCAGAACAGUUGAUGAAGACAACCAAAGGAGACAAAGAAAUGCAGAUUGAGAUGCCUGAGUCCCUGAAGAGUAAAAAAUCCAGCGUCCAACAAAGUCAGAUAGCUCACUCUGGUUUUAUACCAAGAAAAAGGAUUUUGGUUAGACCAAAUAAAGAGGACGGUGUUUUUGAGAAGAUAAGAGAGGAAGAUCUGUGAUAGAUUCUUUAGAACUGCCUAUAAAAAUAUGUUGCAAAGUAUCAAUUAUAUUAAAAUAGUCUUCAAUUUAACAAUAUCUUACACAUUUUUCUAAUUCCUUGACAAUUAUAACAUUCUUGAUCUUGUAGUUUUAAAGAUCCAGUUAACUGCUCCCUCAAGUUAGAACUUGCUACAAAUUUGAAGAAAAAGUGAAGACAGGGCAACAUAAAAACAUCUUACAUUUCUUGUGUAUUUUUAUAACUGAAAUUAGAAAUUUUUAAAAUAGAAAAGUCUACUGAAAUGUUAGAGCUGGAGAAUUUUAUUUUGCAUUAAAAUACAAGGUUUUAUUA